AUGUGGGACCUCCAGCGUCAGGUCAGGGAUGGGAUGCACAACUGUUCGGACAGCAGCUCGGUACAAGCGGCAAAUGACGAUGACGUCAUGGUGUCCAUUCCCGGAGGGAGGAUGACGAGGAUGAGCUCCGGUGGGGAAGAAGAUGAGACGGAGAUUGAACUUUUGCCUUUUUUGUUGGACAAACAGCCCGUCACAAAUAAGGCUUUCAGGGAAUUCGUGAGAGCUGAAAAGUACAAAACAGAAGCCGAAACGUUCGGUUGGAGUUUUGUCUUUAAGGAUUUCGUGUCUGAUGACGUCAAGAGCAAAGUGACGCACACCAUUAAGUCUGCUCCAUGGUGGCUUCCUGUUGAACGAGCCUUUUGGCGGCAGCCUUCUGGUUCCGGUUCUGGCAUCAGCGCUCGCCUGGACUUCCCGGUGGUCCACGUCAGCUGGAACGACGCACGGGCCUUUUGCGCGUGGAAGACGAAAAAGCUGCCUACCGAGGAGCAGUGGGAGUGGGCAGCAAGAGGAGGACUUGCCGGUGAAACCUUUCCGUGGGGGAAGCGCUUCCAGGCCAACAGAAGCAACCUGUGGCAGGGUCCGUUUCCGGAUGGCGACACGGCGGAGGACGGGUAUCAUGGACUCGCGCCAGUUGAUGCUUUCCCGCCACAGAACAAGUUCGGACUGUUGGACAUGUUGGGGAACACGUGGGAGUGGACAUCCAGUGUGUUUGCGUCCCGCCAACAGAUGUUCGUGUUGCGCGGCGCCUCUUGGAUCGACACCGCGGAUGGCUCGGCCAAUCACAGAGCUCGAGUUGGCACCAGGAUGGGAAACACCCCGGACUCAGCCUCCGACAACCUGAGCUUCAGGUGCGCUUCAGAGAGCCGCGAGAGGAAAUCGCGCACCGAUUUGUAG